CUGCGACUCAAUUGUGUUUUCAUCUGCGCAACGUCUCUUGAGUGUCUCACGGGAAACACUAGUACUGACUCACUCAUUAGCGUCGAAUGGAUUAUGCAGCUGUGUCCGUAAGGGUCAAGACGGCGCACAGAGGAGCGCCUGCUUACUCCGGUCUCGUGAAUGACCGCCCUGACCAAUCUGCCACUACGAACGACCAUAUAAUUCAGCAGCCUCCAAUGUCUUCCGUGCCCGACCUCGACGACUCUGCCCGCCGCUUUGCUGCUCGACCCGCCUGCCGUGGACAUGGCGCCAGUUGCGACCUCGCCUGAGUCAUCUUCCGCACCGCCCACACCGCUCAAGCACCAGCCCGGCCCUCCUAUCGUCGACCACACAGCUCCCAUGGAGGGCGACUCACAUCCCGCACCCAAGCUCCCCAAGCACUCUGCAAGACCACAGGCGGUCGAUGCGCAUGCGCGAGCAGAGUUUGCGUUCGACGGUAUGGAGGAGGCGCUGGAGGCGUUUGGGCGCGGAGAGUUCGUCGUGGUGAUGGACGAUGAGGGGCGGGAGAACGAGGGCGACUUGAUCAUCGCGGCAAGCGAGGUAUCCACGGAGAAGAUGGCUUGGAUGAUCAAACAUACGAGCGGGUACAUCUGCAUUGCGCUCCCGGGGGAGCGGCUGGACGAGCUCGCGAUCCCGAUGAUGGUCUCUGAGAAUCAGGACCCACACCGGACGGCGUACACAGUCACAGUAGACUACAGACACGGCACAACUACCGGCAUCUCCGCGCACGACCGCGCCCUCACCGCACGCGCCCUCGCCUCUCCAUCCUCGCAGCCCUCCCACUUCUCCCGCCCGGGACAUCUGGUCCCGCUGCGCGCGCGACCGGGGGGCAUCCUCGCGCGGCGCGGGCACACCGAGACAGGGGUGGACAUGUGCGCGCUCACGGGCCUCCCGCGCGCGGGCGUGCUCUGUGAGCUUGUGGAGGACGACGAGGCGGGGAGCAUGAUGCGGCGGGACGGGUGUCGACGGUUUGCGGAUCGGUGGGGGCUGAAGAUGAUUAGCGUGGAUAUGUUAGCGGAGUGGAGACGACAGAAGGAGGGCGCGCAAAACGGGAACGGGCAUCCAUAAGUAUACGUAAGUGAUGUGUACGGUCUGUAGCUGCGUCGCAUUCGGUGCGUCGGGAAAUGUAACCACUCAGUUAGUCGUCCGCGGUGUGCAUGCUCCUGUGGCCCUCCGUGCCGAGACGCUUCCCGAACACGAGUUGCAUACGGGCUUGUGGGCCGCAGUCCACGUACGUUGGACCCACAAUGAAUACAAGUUGUAUGGAUGUGAUGGAAUGCAAGUCUGCAACGUAGACACAAUUCGGGAUUCGCGAGUGGGAGAUCUGAGAUCAGUGAUUGCCGUCCGAAUGCGAUCGAGAU